CGGUACAAGGUUCGACCAUGACGAUCCCGAGUUCAAUCUCCUGUUGGAUCACCUCGAUUUCCUGUUCAAGAAUGCCGGAGUUGCCGUUCCAGAGAACUUCUUCCCAUUUAUCGCCAAUUUACGGAGCAACAAACCGGCUCAGAAAAUGAUUCAUAAUGAUAAAGAAAUCCAGAAAUUUGUUUUAAAAAAGAUUGAAGAACAUCGCCAGAGUUUUGAUCCAACAUUAACACGUGAUUUUAUUGACAUGUAUCUAAAAGUUUGUCAAGAUGAAACGCAAGCAUUUAAAGUGAGUGAGAAAGAUGUGUUUCGGGUAACAGUAGAUCUGUUUUUAGCUGGAUCAGAAACAACUGCGACCUCUCUAUGGUGGGUAAUGUUAUACUGGAUACGUUAUCCUCAGAUACAAGAGAAGUGUUAUCAGAACAUCAUGCAGGUAGCCGGAGAUGGAAGACUGGUUAAUCUAACGGAUAAAGUUGAUCUGGUCUAUCUCAUGGCAUUCCUGAAUGAAGUACUUCGUGUAGUUUGUAUAGCACCCACAACCCCACCACGAGCUGUAAGUGAAGAAUUCAAGAUAAACGGUUACACCCUGGAAAAGGAUACCAUGGUCCUGUGCCACAUUAAAUCAGCUCAUUUUGAUACAGAUUACUGGGAUAAUCCGGAAGAAUUUAAUCCGGAUCGAUGGAUUGGACCGGAUGGUAAAAUGAUCAAACACCGGGCGUUUAUGCCGUUUGGAGGAGGUGUAAGAGCGUGCAUGGGAGAAUCUCUGAGCUACAUGGAGCUAUUCCUGUUUGCUGCCAAUCUGUUGCCACGCUACCAGUUUAAAGUUCCGGACGGACGAAAAUCGCCGUCUUUGGAAGGAAAGCAGACGGGAGUGACAAUGCAACCAGAACAAUAUGACAUCAUUGCCGUACCUCGAUAAAAGAUACUCGAGUGGUCGCCAGAGUUUAUAAAAUCUGCUCUGAUUAUUUUCCCUUGUAUAGAAAUGUAUGUAAUUCAAUCUAUUUGAAAUACAGGUGUGGCGUCACCCUUUGAUGUUGACAUACCAUUCAUUAUUUAAAUGCGCAUAAUAUUUGACUAGAGCCAUGGAGUGAUGAUUUCAUAAAUAUGCAUGUCUGUGCGGGAGAGUGUAGAUGUAUUUAGAUGUUUCGAGCAAGACAUUAAGAAAAAUCAAUAUAAACUGCAGUAUCAAUAUGUAUUAAAUCUCGAAUAUUUGAGACCUAGAAAUGGACACAAAUGGGUCGCAACGCAUAUAAUAAUGUAAUACGAAUGUAUAUAAACUUAUUUAGGUUCAA